AAUGCCAGGAGUGUGGAAAAGGCUUUAGUAAGAGUAGAAACCUUACUUCCCAUCAAAGAAUCCAUACAGGGCAGAAACCAUACAAAUGCCAGGAGUGUGGAAUAGCCUUCAGGCACAGUACAAGCCUCCCAUCCCAUCAAAGAAUGCACAUGGGGAGAAAUCAUAUAAAUGCCUUGAGUGUGGAAAAGGGUUUAGUUGGAGCGGAAACUUUAUUUCCAAUCACAGAAUUCACACAGGGGAGAAACCAUAUAAAUGCUUGGAAUUUGGAAAAGGCUUCAGUCACAGUACAAGUCUUACUUCCCAUCAAAGAGUUCACACAAGGGAAAAACCAUAUCAGUGCCCAGAGCGUGAAAAAGACUUCAGUGACAGUAAAAGGCUUACUUCCCAUCAAGGAAUUCACAUAGUGAGAAAUGACGUAAAUGUCUGGAGUAAAGUGAAAGCUUCUGUUAGAGUGGAGACUAACUUCCCAUCAAAAUUUUCACACCUUACAUGAAUAAACAAUAUAAUACCUGGAUCGUGGCAAAAGUUUCAGUUGGAUUUCACAUCUCAGUUAUCAUCAAAGAAUUCACACAGGGAUGAAAUCAUAGGAAAUGCAGCUAACCAGUCUCCAUCUUCUGCUGCUUUCUCCCUGAUAAAAUUUCCCUGAGACAUUCCUUAUUGAUGACUGCUUCUUCCUUCUGUGAGCCCAGCAAUUGUAAAAUGGAAACAUUCCCUGACAGUAAUAUAAAUCCUGUCCAUAGU